AUGCUCCGCAACCUGGCCGCCAGCGAGCAGCAGCGCCUGCUCGACUGCUAUAACGACAUCUGGAGGUCAGGGCAGGUGCCGGAGCAAUGGCGCACAGCCAUCGUGGCCCCCAUCCUGAAGGCCGGAAAGCCGGUUGGAAACGUGAGCUCCUACCGGCCGGUCUCCCUCACUUCCGCCUCCUGUAAGGUGAUGGAGGCCAUUGCUUUGGUCCGACUGGACUGGGUGGCCCGUGCCCGUGGCUUCCUGGCCGAUGAGCAGACGGGGUUCCGGCGGCGCCGAUGCACCGCGGACUCCAUCUCGGAUGUGGUCUCCACGCUGGAAGAGGCCAAGGCCUGCGGUGACGCCGUGCUCCUGGUGCUUAUCGACAUCAAGGGGGCCUUCGGCUGCCUGCCCCACCCAGUCGUUCAGCAGGCCCUGGACCUACUUGGCAUCAACGGGAAUCUGCGGCGGUUCAUCUCGUCGUUCCUAGAGGAACGCACCCUCAGGGUACGAGUGGGCCGAUCGAAGAGCUCCCCUCGGCCGGUGGCAGCGGGCGUGCCACAAGGGUCAGUGGUGAGCCCUUUCCUGUUCAACCUGGCCCUGGCCCGGCUUCCUGCUGCCCUGCCGAUCGACCCCGACUAUCCGGUGAGUGCCUCCAUCUACGCGGACGACAUCGCCCUGUGGGUGCGAAGCCCACCACACAACCACCGCAGCGCGCGCUCAGCCCUGCAACGAGCUCUUGACACCGCCGCUGCUUACCUGAGCAGCAUUGGCCUUGCCAUCUCGGCAAGGAAGACGGAGGCCAUGCUGCUCCACCCAAGAGCAGCCGCCCGCCGCACAGCACCCCGGCUCCACCUGGAAGGCGUCCAGUUACCCUGGAGCACUGCAGUGACGUACCUGGGGCUGCGCAUUGAUCACCGACUGUCCUGGCUGCCUGCUGUCAAGACCCUGCAUGUCCAGGUCCUCCGUGUCCGCAAGGCAGUCUCCCAGCUUCUUUCCCGAGGACAGGGCUGUACCACUGGGUGGGCACUACGGCUGUACGAUGCAGCAGCCACCUCACGCCUGCGGUACGCCCUCCCACUCGUGGCACUACCACCAGCCCGUCUCAAGAAGCUGGAGCUGCAGCAUCGGGCCGCGAUUAGGCUCUGCCUGGGCGCUCCCCGCAGCUCCCAAGUCGCUGCAACCUUGGCCGAGGCGGGAGCAUGGCCCCUGUCACUCCUCCUCCUACAGCAGGGGCUACGCCAUGUUGACCGCCUCCACCAUGGACCAGAUGGCAGUGCCCUGCUCUCCCGACUGCGCUCGCGGCCCCAUUCACAGAUGGGCAGACUCUGUGGGCUGUACGAAGAGGUGAUUGGGAGGCCUCCAGCGAACAACGCACAACUGCCUCCUCCCCAGAGACCGCCCAUACCCAUCACCACAGAGCUGCCCGGCGUUUCCAAACGGCGCUCCGCAACUUGUGCCCUUCAACAGACGGCUGCUUCCCUCCUGCAUGAGGACCACGGUGUAAACCUGCAGAUCUACGUUGACGGCUCGGUAAUGCCGGACACAGGCUCGUCGACUGCGGCCUGCGUGGUGCCCGCUUUGGGGAAGAGCAAGCAGUGUCGCCUCCCCAACCAUGCGACGUCAACAGCGGCAGAGGUUGCAGGCCUUCACCUGGCUGUGGACUUACUCGCAGAGGAGCUGCCAGUGACCCCAGUGACCAUCUACUGCGACUCCAAGGCGGCACUCCUCAGCCUGCAGAGACCAGAAAGGGCCAGCCUCGGGGUUGCCCUGCUCUCGUCAAGGCUGAUGGCGCUCCAGGAGGCGGGCUGCUCAGUAUCCCUGCACUGGCUUCCAGCCCACGUAGGGAUACCGGGCAACGAGGAAGCAGAUGCACUGGCAAAGCGUGCCCACCACUGCGUGGUCCCGCCCAGCCUGGCAGUGACAGCCAGUGAUUUCACAUGCCACAGGCUUCGGCGCCAUCUGCUGGCCUGCCAUCCGGACAAGCGGAUGUCCUUGGGCCGCCCUCCGCGACCACUUCCACAGCGCGGCCUCGCACGCAGGGAGACCUCCCUCCUUCUGCGACUGAGGAUUGGCUGCUGUUGGACGGGUGCUCGCCGCCACCGGCACGGCCUCAUCGCCUCUCCAGCCUGUGCCUCCUGUGGGGAGCCCGAGACCCUGGAGCACCUCCUGCUGGCCUGCCCUGCCUACCUGCAGCAGCGUGACCGUCUCCUGCAGGAGUUCCGACGACUGGGGCUUCCUUCUACACGACAGGAAGACAUCCUCUUCCCUGGUCGUAGCGAGCUACCAGCCCUCCUGAGUGUCGUUGAGUACCUCGACUCGUCGGGGCUCUCGGCGAGACUCUAG